GGGAGGCUGUGCUGUUACAUCAUCAUUGGGCGACGGGUCUGGCCUUCCUAUUUGCCUUGUGUCUCGCCGACUCCCUUUAGGGUCCAUGUGGUUUUCUUCUGGUGAUUCCGGACAGUCCCGGCAGGGGUGUGGUGAAAUCCAAGAAAUUUUCUUUGGAGUCCCGGUGUCUCUGGGCCCAUCGGAGGUAGGUGAAGGAGGCUCCGGAUGCGGGUAGCCCAGAUUCAUGUCCGGCCUUCCUUGGUAUCUGGCAUGCUCUUCUGGGGCUUCCCAGUCUCCGCAGGACCAGCCAGCCGACAUAAGGCAGAGUCACUAUAAUCAUUUCUAAUACCAGUUUCAAGCUACUUACUUUUGGAUAACAGCCCAAUUAUAUGAAAUUAUGGCUGGUUAUAAGCCUGCAGCUAUUCAGGCAUAUCCUAUACUUGGUGAAAAAAUCACCCAAGAUACACUGUAUUGGAACAAUUACAAGACUCCUGUUCAGAUCAAGGAGUUUGGUGCAGUGUCAAAAGUAGACUUUUCUCCGCAGCCUCCAUAUAAUUAUGCUGUCACAGCUUCUUCAAGGAUUCACAUUUAUGGCCGAUAUUCCCAAGAGCCUAUAAAAACCUUUUCCCGAUUUAAAGACACAGCGUACUGUGCUACUUUUCGACAAGAUGGCAGACUGCUUGUGGCUGGCAGUGAAGAUGGUGGAGUUCAGCUUUUUGACAUAACUGGGAGGGCUCCCCUCAGACAGUUUGAAGGCCAUACUAAAGCAGUUCACACAGUGGAUUUUACAGCUGACAAAUACCAUGUGGUCUCUGGGGCUGAUGAUUAUACAGUUAAAUUAUGGGAUAUUCCAAACUCCAAAGAAAUUCUGACAUUCAGAGAACAUUCUGAUUAUGUGAGGUGUGGAUGUGCUAGCAAACUGAAUCCAGAUCUCUUUGUAACAGGGUCCUAUGAUCAUACUGUGAAGAUGUUUGAUACGCGAACAAACAAGAGUGUGUUCUCUGUCGAGCACGGGCAGCCAGUGGAGAGUGUCCUGCUUUUUCCCUCUGGAGGUCUUCUGGUAUCAGCAGGAGGCCGUUACGUUAAAGUCUGGGACAUGCUAAAAGGGGGACAGUUGCUAGUGUCUCUGAAGAAUCACCAUAAAACCGUGACAUGUUUGUGCCUGAGCAGCUCUGGGCAGAGGUUACUCUCCGGUUCACUGGAUAGGAAGGUGAAAGUAUAUAGCACAACUUCCUACAAAGUAGUCCACGGUUUCGAUUACGCAGCUUCAAUUUUGAGUCUCGCACUUGCACAUGAAGAUGAAACGAUAGUUGUGGGAAUGACCAACGGGAUACUGAGUGUUAAACAUCGGAAAUCUGAGCCCAAGAAGGAUUCUCUCCCCAGAAGAAGAAGGCCUGCAUAUCGAACUUUUAUUAAAGGAAAAAAUUACAUGAAGCAAAGGGAUGACAUUUUGAUCAACAGGCCAUCAAAAAAACACUUGGAAUUGUAUGACAGGGACCUGAAAAACUUCCGAGUCUCCAAAGCCCUCGACAGAGUUCUGGAGCCCAGCUGUACAAUAAAGACGCCUGAGAUUACAGUUUCCAUCAUAAAGGAGUUGAAUCGAAGAGGAGUCCUGGCAAACGCCCUUGCAGGUCGGGACGAGAAAGAAAUCAGUCGUGUUCUUAAUUUUUUGAUAAGGAAUCUCUCCCAGCCAAGAUUUGCUUCUGUUUUGAUCAAUGCUGCUGAGAUAGUUAUUGACAUUUAUCUGCCUGUGAUUGGCCAGUCGCCUGUAGUUGAUAAAAAGUUUUUGUUACUUCAAGGGCUUGUAGAGAAAGAGAUUGAUUAUCAAAAAGAACUGCUGGAAACCUUGGGGAUGAUGGAUAUGCUUUUUGCUACCAUGACGAGGAAAGAAAGUACUUCUGUGUUGCAGCAAACACCUGACCAGCUUCUAGAGAACAAGAGAGUAGAGUCAUAGUGCCUGCUUCGUAAGAUGGACGAGAUCUAAUGCUUGAGAUAGAUUUGAUUCCAUUAACUGUGGGGAAGAGAAUCUCCUUGACACAUGAAAAAAAAACUACUUAUAGAAGUAUCUUUGGAAGAGACUGGAAUAACUAUGAUUGGAAAAUAAGUACCUGUUUUAUGACAUGGUUUCCCGUGUCAUAGUUUGAAUUUUUUCAGGCAUUUCUGGCUAGACGAUCUCAGUUGUCUUGGUAAUAGUGCAUGUCCACCUUGGACAAGUUGAUACCAGUUUUAAUACAGCUGAAUCCUCUGUCAGCAUCUGGGUAGGCAUUCAGGACUGGAGAGAGGGAUUCAACUGGGAAUCUGGCCAAGGGAGCAGGCCUUUAUUUUUCAAUCCUAUUCUGGGGGUUAGAAAACAACAAAACUGGCAACACGGAUUCUUUCAUCAGUGCCCUUGGGAUUUCCAGGCAACAGCCGAGCUCACCACCCCCCUCCUUGACAUCAUCCCUUAUCCUAGGUCCCAUGUUCUGGUUCAGCUGGUAAUGGGUCUGUCACUGUUUCAUGUGUUGCAAAUCACGGGCCAGCUCUGAAUAACUGAUGCCAGUUAGACAUGGAUUCAGAGAGAGUGGUGAGGCAGAAUUGAUACUUCAAACUGCUAGCCACCCAGGUUUUCUUUUUACUUCUGUUAUUUCUUUCAUCUUGACUGCCCUUAUCAGAAGAAGGUCUGCAAAUAGACCUUAUUGGACAACAGUUUUUUGUCCUUCCCUUUGAUAGGCAGCCUUUCUACCAGUGACAGUUUGCCGUUUGUCUCGUACUGAAGAGCCCGUCGGCCUUUUGCACGUGUUUGGAACCUGUGUAGUAGCUGCUUUCCUCUCUGGAAACCGUCUCCUCUGGUCCGUAUUGAGAUUUUUUUUUCUUUACAUAAUCACCUUGUGUUUCUGAACCCCAAGCCCGAGUAGCUGGCUUUGGAAAAAAAGCUGUAUUUUUUUAAAGGAUCAGUGUAAAUCACAUCUUUUAAUAAGGAACUUAUUUCUCUCUUGGUUUUCUGAGAUGUAUCAUUCCUGUUGGACAGUCACUGGCUGUUUCCACACUUGCUACCUCUCCCACCGUCCCCCAGUUCCUGUCCCACCCCACGUAGUUAAUUAUCUGGAAGGAAAUACACCUUUAGUUAAAGGAAGUUUUUGUAAUGGGAAUGUCCUCUUAAAAUUUUAGAUUUGUGACUUCAGAUUUUUUGUAAAGUAGGAAAAAUACUUCUGUGUUUCUGGUAAGGGAUGUGCUCCAACGAGGGGUCCAGGUCCCCGUUGGUGAGUUGGUAUAAGCAGCCACGCAGCACAGUGGCUCCUGCGGAGCCAGGAGUGUGCUUGCCCCUGUGAGCAUAUUAGUCGAGCUCAUAAACUGGUCGUGGUGAGAAGGGUUAAUUUAUAUAAAUAAGUUUUAUUUUUAAAAACUGGACUUCGUAAUUAUGUAUACUAAUAAAAAUCAGAAGUUGAAAUCGUCUAAAACGAGUUGCCGCCCAGUGUGUGCCACGUGACGAGGGUUUCCUGUGCGUUGCCUGAUUAUCACUACAACGUCCAGGCGUGGUGCUCUCAUUUAACACCGAGUUAACUGAGUAGUCAGUUCACUCCCCACCUCCCCAGACUCGGGUUCUCAUCCCAGGGCUCUGCCUGCUGGGGCUGCGAGUGCUCGUUCCCUUCGGCAGCCUCACCGGGAGCUGCUGUGCUUAGGUGCUGCCGCCGCCUGUCAGGUUCCCACCUCGUUAGUGGAGGUUGCUGCGCAUGCGCGCGCAGAGCUCCGCUUCGUUCUUUCUCACGCCGGCCUCCGCCGGCCUCCUCCGUUACCUUACAGGUGGGCUGAAAUCGCUUUAACCAGUUUCCCAUCCCUGGGCAGUCCCAUAGUUUAUAUUUUACACUCAGCAGUUCUGCGCUGAGCAAGCUUUCACAUAAAUUUCUGUGCAUUUCGAGGAGUGUUUACUGGGAUAAAUGAAUAUGAAUUCUGAUCCUGGAGAUCGAGCCUUUGUUUCUCGUUUGCCACCCGAUGUCUGUUCCGUCAGGUCUCAUCCCUGCUUCUCCGUCUUCAUGGGAGGAAACGCUGUCUGCCCUUCCACGGCCAUGUCGCUUCCAGGAUGUCUCCCUGGAAGACCUUCUCAUACAGGGUGCUCGGUAUUCCACAGGAUGCCUGGUGGUUAUGGGGCGAGGCCACUGUUAUUCCCUCUCUGCACACGGUGACA